CCCUGCCUCCCUCCCUCUCACUUGCUUUCUUCUUCUCUUCUCAGACAGAAGCAGCCCCGGGACCCUCCUGAGAUGCUGCUGCUGCUGCCUCUGCUGUGGGCAGGGUCCCUGGCUCAGCAUCCGGGAUACUGACUGCAAGUGCGGAAAUCAGUGGAAGUGCAGGAGGGCCUGUGCGUCUUGGUGCCCUGCCAAGUCUUCUAACCUUGCGAAGGCAGGGCCGACUCUGAUCAACCUCUCAGGUGGACUGACUCUGACCCAGCUCUCGGCUACUGGUUCCAGAAAGGGGCUGAUAUAUUCCAGGAAGCUCCAGUGGCUACAAACGACCCACAUCAAAGUCUGCAGGGGGAGACCCGGGGCUGAUUCCAACUCCUUGGAGACCCCCAGAACAACUGCUCCGUGGACAUCAGAGAUGCACGGAGAGGGAAUGAAGGGACAUACUUCUUUAGGAUGGAGACAGGACAUAUGAAAUGGGUUUACAAAUUUCCCAAGCUCUCUGUGCACGUGACAGUCUCUGCCCCAGACCCUCCACAGAGCUUGACCGUCGCUGUGGUCCCGGGAAAUGGCACAGCACCCACAGUCCUGGGCAACGGCUUGUCGCUGCCUGUCCAGGAGAGCCAGUCCCUGCAUCUCGUCUGUGUCGCCGACAGCAACCCCCCUGCCAGGCUGAGCUGGGCCCGGGGGAGCCUAACCCUGAGCCCCUCGCAGCCGUCAGACCUGGGGGUCCUGGAGCUACUUCGGGUGCACACUGGGUAUGAAGGAGAAUUCACAUGCUGGGCUGAGAACCUGCAGGGCACCCAGCACACUUCCGUGAGCCUCUCCCUGCAGAGGAGAGGAAGGACACAGGAGUGUGGUUCAUGGGGUUACCCCGUCUACACCCCACUUUCCUGCUGGAAACCAGGGCCUGUGCCGGAAGUGGUUGCGGUGGCCGUCGGGGCAGCAGCUGUGAAGACCCUGCUCCUUGGCCUCUGCCUCGCAUCUGCCUGUCUGGGGGAGAUCUCGGGUGCCCUCCAGCCCCGUAAGAGGGAACAGGGGCCCAACCUUCCCGCGGCACUGUAACUGGCCAGACCGGAAGGUGGUGGUCUCUUCUGCAGAGUGAGGUCCUGCGGUCGGGAGAGCAGCGGUGAGCAGGGCUCAGGUGUGAGGUGCAGAUGCUGCCAUGGGCUGGGGUCUCAGGUGAGUGGUGCGGGCAUCUCGCCGUCCAUCAUCCCACCUGGCCACGUCCUCCACGGCGGGCCCAGGGCUGUUCUGCCCAGCACGGCCGGAGUUGAGCUGCCUGUCUUCCUCCCCAGCCCACUUCUCUGCUGGGCUCCCACCUCCCCAAUGACACGGACACCCCUAGCUUCACCUCGACCCAGAAUUUUCUCUCUGCUUGGUCUCCCUCCCUUCUGCCAGAUCCAGUACAGCCCUGACUCUUGUACAUCCAUCCUUGUUUCCAUAGCUCAUUCGUGUGCCCUUCUCCUCUCCAUCCUGACCUCAUCCUCCCUGCGGCCUCCUCCCUUCCCUGGAUCACUGAACCCCUCCUCUCCCUGCCUCCCAUCUCUCUCCCUAACACAGCCUCCUGGACUGUGCUUCCAGAAUCCACUUCUCCAGGUCUCAAGGUUUGGACACUGACGUUUCCUCUCCAUCACUGGAAAACUCGGAGCCAUCGCCACAGCCUGGUCUUCACUUUUGUCAGAUCCUUCUCCCUGGAGACACACGAGGUCUCCCACACCCGAUCAGACCAGCCCACUGAGACUGUGACGUUGGAUGUGUAGCUUCCUCAAUGGAAACACGUUGCCCCUGCAUUUCCACCUGUCAGCACAUUGCUCGUCCAUCAUGCUUGAAUGACAGCCAGUUAUAAUCGUGUGCAAUUGAGGGUAUCAUUAUGAGCAGAGGAGUGACGUGUGGUCAUUGGUUCAUAAACACUUUCAGCACAUGUUAAUAAACACCUACUCUAUGUUGGUGGAGUGACUUCAAGUUUGAGGAUUCAGGAGCUGAUUGAGAAAAGGUGGUGGUGACGCAUAAGCUGUUUCUUGGGUUGAUGCUUUGACAGAUGUUCAGCUGGACGGAAAGUUACUCUCAAAGGAGACCUUCCAGAGGCUGCAGUACAAGGGGAGGAGGGCAAGGGAGAACCCCCACAAGAGAGGGAAAACGGGAUGGAAGGGGCCCUCCAUGUGCAGGUGACAUUCAGAGGCUCCGAAGGGCAGAAGCAGCUCGGGGCCUCAUACCUGUGGUGUUUUAUCUCACCUGUGGCUGGCAGAUGUUGGGUGCAAUUUUAUAGGUUAUGCAAAGCAAGUCAGCUCCAACUGGUCAAAAAUUGCUUAUCUGUGCUAUUUUAAAGAAUUGGAUGUGUGUGAUUUUGAUUUUGAUUUAAUUAGCUAAAAGUGGGCUUUUCUAAUCACCCAAACUGCUGUGGAGCACAUAAAGCCACUACAAAGAAGACAUCCUUGGAUUAUGUAUUUCACUGCUGUGCAUUGUUGUAGGCUUCAAAAAUCUCUGCCAUACAAGAACUAGAGGCAAAAAUGAUAGAAAUAUAAAUCAAUCAAUCAGUCAAUAAAUAUAUAAACCUUA